AUGUCCGACCUGUCCAACUCGGAUCGACGAUUUGACCAUUUUCCGUACGCGUUGUAUGCAGUCGACGUGAAGUUUCAGCCAGCACAGCGUCCAACGGGACGCUUCGCGGAGCAGAAACAUUACUUCAGCGGGAAGCACCAUCUAUACGGUUAUAAGAUCGAGGCAACCGUGUCACCGGAAGGCCGAUGUGUCGCAAUGUCCGAGAGCUUCCCAGGAUCUGUGCAUGACCUGACGAUAUUGCACACCCGCACUGCCAAUCACGCGACCAACCUGUUGAAGUCGGCGGGUGAGCAGGAUGUGCCAGACUAUGGUGAGUUGAGUACGCAGUACCAGGGGUCGUGGGCGUGUUUGGUCGACAUGGGUUACAUCAGAAUUGCCCACUCGCUGCGGGGUAUUCAUCCAAAGCAUCGCCCGGCGCACGGCGUAUUGGAUGCCCAUGACAUGGAUCGAAACCACGACAUCUCCUCCGAUCGGGUGGUUGUGGAGAACUUUUUCGUUCGCGUGUGCAUUCUCUGGAAGAUUUUCUUGGCUACGUACACGUGGGGCGAGAAAAACUACAACACGAUCCAGCGCACGACGUUCGCAUUGACGAACUUCCACCUCUCGUUGAUGCCAUUGCGCGCGGAGGACGAAGGGUUUUACAGAAGCGCAAGCGCAGUGAAGCUCAACGCCGCUAUCGUUUGA